AUGAGUGCUGCUGCCUCUCCCACGCGUCGCGUGCUGGGCGAAAAAGACCUGAACGCGCUGCUCUCUCCGAAGAAAACGAAAGCCGCCGGGGAACUUGUCAGUCCUCGACCGUUGAAGCGUGUGGCCUCCUCGAGUAGUCCGCGAGCCGGUCAGAAGCGAAAGAUUGCAGAGGUGCACAAUCAGGAAGUGGGAGAUUCUCAGAAGACAAACACUUCGCAUACCUCGUCUCAAGGCCCCGAGAUAUUAAGCGAUGGCCCAUCGGUGCACCACGAAACCGUUCGCGCACCGACGGCUCAGGCAAAGUCCACUGUCUACACCUCAUUCCAUGCUUCACAAGAAGAGCCUGUUCAACUUGAGUCCGAAUUUGAAAUCCUUGACGAACCGAGUCAACAAACGUUGGACAAGAUGCACGCCGUGACCUUCACCCAGAGCAACUCACAGCUCGUGCCGCCUCUCCGACCAAAUAUCAACAAGGAACCGUCGCAAGUCAGUCUGGAUAUGUCGAGUCUGAUCGAUUUCGAGAACCUCUCCUCUCAAGGUGAUGACAUGCAAAUGCUCGCAGAGCUCCAGGUCGUCAAGGAUCAAAGACCGAAAACAGAGGAAGACACCAGGAAGGAGAUGCUGCUAGAGAAAGCAGAAACGCUCCGAACCCGACUCCAGCUCGCCCUGUACAAGAUCCAAACCAACCAGAUCUCGAUGCCCUUUUCACGAAUGACAGUCCCCAAGACAACCAAAUCGUCGUCUCCAGAAGUACCAGGACCGUCAUCAAGCUCUCCCAGAUCUUCCUCCACACUCCGACCGAGUUCUUCUGUCCAGUGGCCAACCACCACCACCCCCCUUCUUACUCCAGAAUCCACGGUCGCGAUAGCACGCGCGAGGGCGACCAUGGAUCCAAAACCAACAAUCAAGCCUCUUUCAAGCUUUCCUAUCCCAACGAUAGAACCCACUGCCUUUUCGGCAAGAUGGAACACCGGCAACCAGCAGGACAGGCAAGACAGUCAAGACGCCCGUGUCCCUCAUAUCAUCCCCAGCAGUCCACCAAUGUCGGAACAGGCCGAGGACGGAGACGAUCUCGAAAUUGUUGAUGGUGGCUUGAAUAUCCGUACGGGGAACCGUACGGAGAACCAGGACCGGGUCCACAUUGAAGUUGAACCGAGGACGCCUGUCCAUCUUUCAAGUCCCACUGGCAGUGUAGGUGGCAGUCAUCAGCGUAGAGGAAGCGAGAGCGAGAGUUUGCAGAAUAGCAACAGCAACAGCCAGCUUCGGCUUCGGGGUUUGACCAGCAGUGUGAUCAAGGGCGAGGCCGCCAAUAGUCUGCUGCAGCUCGUCAGGGGCGGUGGUGUCGCAACGUCUUCUGGUGUGGGAAUGUGCGGAUUGUGA